AUGGAUGGGACGGCAACCAAUAUGAGAUCAUUUACUCCAAAACCAAUGGUUGAAUUGCUGCCUGAAAUAAGUAGUAUUUUGUCCGAGGAUGCUAUACAAACACUCACAGCGAAGAAACAGCCUCGUAAUACCUGCACUUCUGAAAAAGUUAAUAAACCACUUACCAUCGCUGAAAUAAAUACUCAUUUAAAGGCAUUAAAAAGUCAAUCACCUAGAAGACAUCCUCGACCAAAUUACUCUGGUAUGAAAAAGAAUUGGAAUACAUCUGUGAAAGUAGACAAAACUUCCAGUCACACAGUAAAUGGACAUUUGAAGCAUAACUCUGUUAGGAAAAUGCUUAAGUAUUCACCAAAGCCCAAGGCCCCAACGAUUGCUAAAACAAGAGCUACUACUAUAAAUUAUGAGACUGCAAAAUUUCAUAAACCUGAAGAGAAAGUGAAGAAAACUCUUAAUCUUCCAGGAAAAAGUAGUGAUCGCAUAAGUGGCAUUUAUAAUAUAGCUGAGACCCCAGCAAUCAAAACCAAUCCAUCAUAUACAAAUAGAAUGACUAUUGCCAAUAAAGAGAACUAUUCAAGUCAAGCUAAUAUUAACACAAAAAUUCACACAACACCUAAGCUUAAACCACCACUCCUGAAAAAAACUUCAGCAGGUGAACCUGACACAUUGUCAAAUAUGUCUUGGAGAUCUAAUUGUGAUGCAAGUUUUCUGCAAACUGAAAAAGCACUUCAAGAUAUUGACGAUAAAACCAAGGCCUUAGAAGAAAAAACGGUAGAAAAUAUAGCGGAAGUAACACCUCCAGCAUCUACCCCUUUCAGAGAGUACAGGAAUGUUCAGGAGUUCUUUAACGACACUAAUAAUGAUUCAGAAAAUUCUGCUCUUUACAAUGAUAACACUUUUAUGUGUUUUGAUAAAAUAAAUGUCUGCAAGGAAAACAGUGCAAGAGACGAAUAUGUGAUUGCUUCUUUAUGUGAAUUGCUUUGUAAGGCAACAGUGAAUAAUUGUGAUAAAAAGAGUUCAGAACUUGACAAUUUACUAGAAGCUGAGAAACAAACUGAACACAGUAUUGAAACGAUUGGACAUGUUAUUAGAACAUUAACAAAGAUAAAAAAGUCCCAAAUGCAUUCACUGCAGUAUGUAAGGAAAUUAAUUCAUGAAAAGCGUAAAAUGGCAUCUGGAAACAAAAACGAAAUUACGUCUGAUGAAAUAUCUAAAGAGAUAAAGCAAGAAAUAACAGUACUGGAAAACAGUUCUUGCAGUAGUGAGCGUUGUUCGGUUAUCAAAUCAUGUACAAAAUCUCCCUCAUAUAAGAUACCAAAAAAGAAUUUGUAUUUACAUAAAAAAGAUUUUCAUAAAUCAAUGCCUAAUUGUUCUAAUAGUUUGCAUACACCACACAAAGAUACAAACAAUAAAGCUCUAAGUAUUUACAUGAAAAUGAAGGAACAGAUGAACUUUUUGAACACACCACAUAUGAAACAUAAUAAAUUGGAAGCACCAAACACGCCAGCUGUUACAUCACACAACCUACAAAUGCAGUUGGACAAACUAUAUAACCGUAGUUAG